GCAGCGUCGUGAAAGGCCGGUGAAGGACGGCGGCGGCGGUUGCGGGUCCGUGAGGCGCGGCCGGUCGGCCGGUGUUCGUAUCGCGACAGCGUCCUUUUUCGCGACAAGGGCGGAGCUAUGCCGUUCUGGGACUUGCAGCGGCAGCUGGGUAUCGAUGUAGACCGGUGGCUGUUGCGGCAGAGCAUGCCGCAGCCCUACGGCAAGGCCGGGGCCUGUCACGCCUUCGAGCGGGAGUGGGUGGAAUGCGGACACGGCCUGGGCCAGCCCCGCGCCCGCCGCGAGUGUCAGCUCGAGUACGAGGACUUUAUGGAGUGCAUGCACCGCACCAAGCUGGCUAUGCGGCUGAGAACCAUCCUUGAGCAGAGGGACAAGAUGAUCAAGGAAGGGAAGUACACGAUGCCCGACUACCACAAGGGCAAAGAGGAGCCGCGGCCUUGAUUCGUGGGGGAUGGGGCCGUCGGUCACCUGUAGAGCCGUUGACGUGGAACUCCUCUGGGAAGAAAACCUGUGGCACAACCGGGUCACGCUGUAGUGGUGGGGUGGGGUCUGCGUGGGGGCCCUGCCCCUCCUGAAGGGGAAUGACACCACAUCAGGCAUCGCUUGGACUAGUAAAUGUCUCCUUCGGAACAGCAUUUGGCUCUGUCUUGUCUUUUUUUCCUGAGUAAAGCACGGCUUGAGGGUCUCUCUCUGUAGCAGUGCUGCCAGGGGAGCUUUUGAGACACCCUAAAACACCUCAGUGGUGCUGGGGACGUGCCCCUGAGGAGGUCAAAUGCUCCUGGAGCCAGAGGGAGCUGGUGCCACGGGCUGUCGUGAGUUCUCCCUUUGUGCUCGCAGCUCAUCCCUCCUGCUGACCUGUGGGCAGGCCUCCCAGGCAGCAAUUGCUGCUGGAAACGAGAGGAAUAACCUGAAAGAGUUAAAAAAACCCAAACCUGUCCAAGCUUAUCCUGCAAAAUUUCAUCUUAA